GGAUGACACGGAGUACCCUGCGACAACCCGUCACACCGUCCUGAGCCGCGCCCAUGUCGGCGAGGCGGUCCGUCGCCCUCCGCCACCUCCUCCCUCGGCGGCUCCUCGAUCCCUUCCACCCCGACGUCCAUCCCAACCUCCACAUCCUCUGCCGCGGCCUCGCCCUCUGGUCGAUGAAGAAGGACCCGUCCCUCGAAGCCACCCUAUCCCGCAACCGCCGCUGGAUCGUCAACAACCAGAUCAAGCACAUCCUCCUUCGCUCCCCCAACCACACCGCCACCGUCCGAUCCUUACAGAAAAAGUUCAAAACCCUCGACCUCCAGGGCAAAGCCCUCAACUGGCUCCACAAAUACCCCUGCUGCUUCGAGACCUUCUCCGGCGACGACGGCGAGGUCCACUUCCGGUUUUCCAAGCGCAUGGCCGCCCUCGUCGACGAGGAGGAGGCCGUCCGGGACUCGACGGAGCCUGCCAUGGCCCGCCGCCUCGCCAAGCUCCUCAUGCUCUCACGCGACCGCCGCCUCAACGUCGUCAAGCUCAACGAGCUCAAGAGAAACUUCGGCCUCCCCGAUGACUACAUCAUCCGCAUUCUCCCCCAAUACCCCGACACCUUCCGCGUCGUGAACCGCUACGGCCGCCGUAAUACGAUGGAGAUCGAGCUCGUCCGGUGGGACCCGGCGCUCGCGGUCUCCGCCGUCGAGGCAGCGGCAGCUGAACAGGGGACGGAGCCGCGGUACGCCUGUUCACUGCCGCCGAGCUGGGUGAAAACUCGGGCAAAAUUUGACGAAUUCAAUGAUGGCACGCCAUACAUUUCACCGUAUUCCGAUGAUUGGAAGGAGUCGGAGAUGCGGUCUGUGGGCGUGGUCCAUGAGCUUCUCUCACUAACACUGUGGAAGAAGGCUUCGAUUGUGAAAUUGGAGCAUUUCAAGAGGGAAUUUGGAUUGCCGGAGAGGCUGAAUUUAUUGCUUCUCCGGCAACCAUGCAUAUUCUAUGUGUCGAACCGGUACAAGAUAUACACGGUGGUCCUCCGGGAGGGGUACAGGGGAUCGGAGCUUGUCGAGAAGGAUCCAUUGGUGGUCGUGAAGGAUAAGCUGGGGGAAUUGAUGCAAGAGGGGCUUCACGAGUAUAAUAGGAGGAGGCGGUUGGUGAAUUUGGAGAAGAAGAGGAAGAGAGGUGAGAUUGAAGCGAGACCGAAGGAGGAGGAAGACGAAGAGGAUGAAGAGGAAGCACUGAGACUGCACAGUGCCGAGAAAAGGGAAGAGAGGAAGAGGUUCUACAAAGUUCUUUUUGAUGAGAACCCAUGAGCAGAUUGAUGAAGUAGAGGUAUGAAUUGCAAUGGAGCUCAGUGAUUUAUAUCUGUGAUUGGCUUCUUCUGUAUAUGUUGUUUAAUUGAUCUAAAAUUUAAAUGAAAAAAAUGAGGAGUCAUACUCCAUCAAUUAAGAAGUCAGUUACAUUGAUUUUACUUCACUGAUGGUUUGCAUCAAAGCUUUAUAGACCAUUUCUCCAGAAAUAAAUAAAAUUUUGAUGAAUCAUUUGCUCGCUA